GCGAUUGUUGGCGACGACGUCAUUGAAGACGACACCGAAUAUAUUUGCCCUCGGUUCCGUGCGUGCGCCACCCUUCACGGCAAACUAUAGAUCCGUAGUUCAGUCACGAACAUGUCGCGCGGGUUCGACAUAAUACUAUUCGGUGCGACGGGUGUCACCGGUCGCUACACGCUCGAGGCCCUGUAUAAGGCGUGUCAGCAAGAGAAGUUGUCGUUCGCUGUGGCUGGACGGAACGAGGGUCGUCUCAACGAAGCUCUCGAGGAAGUGGCAAAAUGGUUGGGAAAGGACCCCAAGGGUUUCUCCGCGGAAGUGCCGAAAGUCAUCGCGAACACAUCCGAUCAAGAGUCCCUAAGGAAAAUGGCUAGACAGUGCCGUAUCGUCGUGAACACCGUCGGUCCGUACCGCUUCUACGGGGAAGCCGUAGUCUCGGCUUGUGUCGAAGAAGGCACGAAUCACGUUGAUGUCAGCGGCGAACCUGCUUUCAUCGAAUCCAUGCAGCUGAAAUAUCACGAGCUAGCCAAAGCCAAAAAUGUCUACAUCGUCUCCGCCUGCGGCUUCGAUUCCAUCCCGUGCGACACAUUGAUCAGUUUCACAAAGGAAAACUUCCGAGGUAGACUAAAUUCCAUCGAAACGUUCCUGACAUUCCGGAGCCCGAAGGGAGGUGCAACCAAUACAGGCACGUGGAACAGUCUAAUUCAGGGAGUAGCUAAUCGAGGGGAACUCCCGGCCCUGCGCAAGAAAACGGCCGAAGUUCUCUUCCCAACGAAGCCAGAGAAACCGAAAUUCAAGCUCGAUAGCCGCGGCCUAGUAUCUACCACCGCAGUAGCUAAGGGCUACAGCCUACCUUUCCCCGGCAGCGACCGUCCAGUAGCGUUGACCUCUGAGCGAUUCCGCGUACAAGUAGACCCGAACUACAAAGCAGUCCAAGUUCAGACCUACUUCCAGAUGCCGAGUCUCCUAUCCGUGUUUCUGCUCAGUCUUGGAGCGGCACUGUUUUUGAUUAUGACUCAGUUCUCGCGCGGAAGAAGCCUCCUCUCGAAGUAUCCGCAUGUGUUUUCUUUCGGCUUUUUCCGGGAGGGUGGAGCAACUCGCGACCAACUCGAAGAUCGCACGUUCAGAACUUACGCUCUAGGCAAGGGCUGGCACGCUGACGACGAUGAGAGCAAACCUCCGACAAGGAAAAUAGUUUGCGCCAUCGACGGUCCCGAUCCUGGAUAUAUUGGAACCGGAAGGAUGCUCGUAACUAGCGCCGUGUGCAUCCUGAAGGAGAGCACGGUGAUGCCUUCCAGCGGAGGCUGCAUACCUCCGGGCUUCGCCUUCGAGAAAACUACGCUGCGACGUCGACUCGAGGACGUCGGCUUCAAAUUCACUGUUAAAAGUUCGGAAUGAAAUGAGUUUUCGACGGCAGAGAGGUGCUUCGAGAUCAGUUCAAUCCUAUGAGUAGAUCCAACUUGGUAAUCGGCUGGGUCCCGCAGAGAGGACAAGGAAGCUGAGCUCCGCGGACCUAGAACGUACCCAGGACGAGACGUAGCUGCUUCGGGAACUGCUCUCCGCUUCGAAAGAAUAAACCGAAUUUAUCCAAUGCUUUU